GUUGGUCGUUUGCGAGAGGCCAGGUUUAUCUUCUCUUCUUUUGGCAAGAGUGAAAGCGCCAGGGAUAUGACAACAUUUGAAGACUGCUUUUACCAUGAGUGGAGAGGAGAUACAAAAGAAUUCGGCCUCGGUUGGCGAUGUUCCCAAUACUUUAUUGGAAUCUGAAUUACAACAAACAUACAUUUUGGUUUUAAACUUUAUCUCAAAAAAUUUGGGGAAGGAGGAGGAGGUGCAAGACUUGGCCAAGGAAUUUUUAGAUGAAGAUCUCGAGAAUGCUACCGAUGUGCUUUUUAAACUUGAUGAAAGAGGCAUCAUCAGUGUUUCAGAUCUCAGUUGCCUAAGACUUUACUUCGUGACCAUCGAUAAAUAUGAAUUGGUGCAUACGAUUGAUCUAUUUCAUCAGCGCGAGUACCUCUUACCCAAUUCAAAUCUAACAAGGCUUAUAAAACCAGAAACGAUCCUUGUUAGCGGUGAAGACGGAAAUCCACAUACAGCAACAUCGGCCAUACUGCCCGAUGACCCUUCUACAGCAGAUCCUGGAAGAAGAACUUCUCUUCUAGAGCCUUCAGGGACCUCUUUGAACCAAUGUUCGCACUUCAUACGAAGAUGCUACGUAAAGUUUGGGUGUUGCAACAGGUUUUGGUCGUGCCACCAUUGUCACAACAGCCGAAGCUCGUGUGGUCGAAGGGACCUUAGAUCAAGUGAAACCGUACAAGUGAUGUGUGCCAAGUGUCGUAAAGUUCAACAGGUUAGUCAUCGCUGUUCCGGUUGUGGAAAAAAGUUCGCACCGUAUUAUUGUCGAGAAUGUAAACAUUUCUGUGGCCAGGAGGAUGUGCCUUAUCAUUGUGAUAAAUGUGGAGUUUGCAGAGAGCGUUCGUGCCAUUGUGAUACCUGUGGAAUCUGUAUGGACAUACAACAUUAUGGAAAUCACAUAUGUCGUGAAGGACCAGCACAUAAUGAGGUUUCUUUUACUGAAUCACGAGUUCCGGCAAGUUUGCAUAAACCGUAUAUCGAAGAUGAAAGCCAGAUGACAAAAAACCUGCCCGAUUUCCCCCUUUUUCAAGAACUCAUUAUCGGGAACCUUUCUGCCAGGGAUGAUAACAAGUUUACGAGCUGGGCCGAGGAGGAAUUUUCAGUAAAAUCUGGAAAUGCUGCUCAAGUUCUCUCGCGACUGAAAGUUUCCGAGUUAAGUCCAAUGAAAGAUUAUUUUCAAUCGGAAGGUAGAAUUGAGUUGGUCCAUAUUGUCGACAAAUUUCUCGAAGGUGAUUGCAGGUCUCUUUACUCAGUUCAAAGAGCCGUACAUAGGCGUAUGAAAAAAUCCGAAAAUCGUACUCCAGUAAUGAGCGGUCAAGACAGAAAUCCUGGAACAUCAGGAAAUUCGGAGAACACCAACGAUCCACUAUUGGAAGAACAGACUUCCUUCCGCCCAAAACCCAGUUCUUCGUCAAAUUUAUCAGCCAAUCGAAUGGUUUCUCCGUUUGAUGGCACUGUUACAGGGGAGUUCUCUACAGAGUUAAGCCUGUGUUUCCACUUCCAACGAAAGUGUUAUGUAAAGUUCGAAUGCUGCGAUGACUUUUGGCCAUGCCACCGUUGUCAUAACAACCAAAGCCUGUGUGGGAACAAAAGUCGUAAAUCACGUGAAAUUUCGAUGGUGAAGUGUGCGAAGUGUCGUAAAGUGCAACAGGUUAGUCAAUCUUGUUCCCAUUGCGAUGCGAAAUUCGCUGACUACUAUUGUGUAACGUGUAAACACCUCACAGGAAAAGAGAGUGGAACAUAUCAUUGCGAUAAGUGUGGAGUUUGCAGAAUUCACAAAGAUCGUUCGUUUCAUUGCGAUAUCUGCGAUGUUUGCUUCGAAGAACAGCGCGAGAGUCACGUAUGUCCCGAGGAAUCCGGGCAUGAGAAAUGUUGCGUUUGUUCACAGGAUGCAUUCACUGGAUAUCAAACAUUGCCAUGUUCUCAUAGAGUGCACAGGGAAUGCGAGAAUCAGAUCAGGAGGAAUGGAAGAAGACGUUGUCCAAUCUGUCAAGAAAGCUUUGCUAAAGGCGACCAAACGUCUACCUCGAAUUCCCGUAGACGCAGCUUUGGGGGAUAAAUACCCGGAGUUUAAUCUUCACGUUUAUCGAAAGUUUGUAAUAUAAUUUUAUAUAUUUGCUUUUUUAUAUAUUCUAUAUAUUAACUUUGUUGAUGAAGGCUAUUUUCCACUAGGGGGAUUUGGUAAAGCGACACGAUUUUUCGGAAUUUUUCAGUUUUCAGAAUCAAAUAGAUUUCGAGCGGGUUAAAAUAAUCUUGAACGUUGUUAAAAGAUAAUCAUCUUUCUCCGUAUAGCUUACGUAUUUCUCUCACGAUCUAAUUCAUUUUAUUCGAAAAAACUGUCUAGUUACGAGUCGCGUCCAAUUCUCCCUCAGGAAAGUAGGGGCCACCUUCAUUUGUUAUCAGUAUUUAUAUAUCAUAGUAUACCGUAAAAUUACUAUAAGAUUUUAAAUCACUUUUCGAAAGGUCCGAACCUCACGAUGCAGUACAGAGGCCGGUUGUUCGAAAGCCGCGGUUAGCCUAACCCUGGGUAAGAGCAAAUCUUUAUAUCAUAAAUAUUUCCUGGACUGAUAGAAGUCAUAUCUUCUAAAGUCUUGUAAAGAACAGUCUUUCACAAGCACAUAAACUAAAACACUGGAUUAACAUUUAACCCAGGGUUAGCGCUAACCUAGCUUUGAACAACUGGCCCGGAUACUGAGCUUCAAGAUGCAAGCACUAAGACUAAGAUGAGUAAUAUAGGUGGCAACGCCUACAGCUGCAAAGACUUUCAAUGUCUUUAUUCCGUUACGAAUAAUCAGUUAAGGGUCAGAACCUCUAAAGCAUUAUAUGUGGAGAUGAACCACUCAACAAUUAAGAAUACUGAGAUGAAUAAUAAUGGCCUAUAUAUAUUGUACCACAGCUAAGACUUUCAAUCUCUAUUCCAAUAAAGAAGUAAGGGUCUGAACCUCUAAGCAUUUUGUGCAUGGGAUUAACCUUGUGCCACAAAUUAUUUAGGUUAUGCCACAAAUUAGUUAACUUAUGGAAACUGGGAUAAAUAUACUAUAGGCCUAUUUAUAGCGUACAACUGCUAAGACUUUCAAUCUCUUCAUUACAGUAUUAAUACUCAAGUGGGUCUGAACCUCUAAGCAUAUCGUGCAUGAGAUUAACCUUUUGACUAUACUAAAUGUCAGAAAUUAGUUACGAAUGCUGCUGCAUGGCUGGGAUGAAUGUAGUAUAUAUAGGGCUGUACAGCGUGCAACUGCUAAGACUUUCACUCUCUAUUCUAUUAUAUAGUAUAGUUAUAAUCAACAAGGGUCUGAAUCUCUAAGUAUAUUGUGCACGAGAUAACGUUUUAGGGCUAUAGUUUCAUUUAGUCGAAACUGUCUUACGAAAUUGCAUAAGGAUUUUGCUUUGUGUUUAUGUACUAGUCAACAAUAACGACAAAUUUCUGAGCGGACUAUUUCACAUCCGCGAAAAUGCCUUGUUCACGACAAUUACAAACUAAAUGAAAACCAGCCCUAAUCAGCAAUAAAUGCCAGAAUUUUAUUACGAAAGCUGAGAUAUAUGUGCAUGGUACACGUCGGCUGUCCAAAACAACCGCGGAAUCCGUUUACAUUAUAACUAUUUAGGCAUUAAGACGAAAUCCGCAGAUGAACAUUCUUAUUUCCCCCGUUUUUGCGUGUUAUCUUGGAUCUACAAACUACAUAAAAUCCUACGAACUUUAUUCAAUUAUUGUGUAUAAUAAUCAUACUGCAUAUAGUGAAUGAUAAUUUCAGCGAUUUGAAUAUACGGGUUCCGGUUUUUUUAGGACAGCCGGUAUAUGCAUGAUACAAUAUAGCCUACAAUUGAAACAAUAAAUAUAACUAUACAAUACCAUAUAUAUAGCUAACUGUAAGUUUUUUAUAAAAGCGCUUCAGUUUUCGAGAUCCAUACUUACUUCAAUCUAUACUUAUCUUAUCUUAUCUUAAUCUUACUUCCAAAAUUAGUCUAAUCUAGUUAGUGCAUUGCAUGUCAUC